AUGAACAUCUCCUGCGAGGUUCAUUAUCUGCAAUAUUGCGCCAGUCGAACCUCGAGAAGUUACCCCUCAGGACUGGAGGAGCUAUUGGAGGCAUACAAAGGGGUUUGGAUGAAGCUUCAGAGGAGGAAGCUCUGCAAUGCAGCAAUAAACCAGCCUCCCACCCAAGGUGAUAUGUUCUAUGGUCAGGCUGAUGGACAGGGAGUCCCAGCCAAUAACAACUUGCUGCCCAACAAUGCAGUUUUGGGUGGCUUUCCUAGGAAUCCUCAACCAAAGGGACAUUUCGAACCAGAGAGCAAUCCUAUCCGUCGGUUAUUUGACCCCGACGCUGGUGACUUGGUCAGGACUAUAGCUGAUCACAGGGAUCAGCUUAAUCCAUUCCGGGCGUUUCUCGCGAACCAGCGCAACAGAGCCCAGUCGAACGUCCGAAGCCCCUUCGUCACACAGCCUGACCCAGGUCCGGCACAAGAGCCUAGAAUGAAUGUCAUUGAAGACAAAGAGGUUAUAUCAAUUGAGUCAUCUGACGAAGGGAUGCUAGAGGAUCAACCGGAACAGACCCACAACGUUCCUCAGGUUGCAGGUGGUCGCCCACGAAAGCGCAAGGGGCAGAGGGACAGAACCCGAGACCGGAAACGGAAGCGAAAGUUCCUGGCCAAGAAGGAGAGAGAGCGCCGCCAUGGGCACCGCGGCCAACCUCAUUCAUCUGCGCCACAAAGACAGGGCGGAAAUCAAGGAGGAGCUUGGCUUGGUAUUGCGAAUCAGCCACAGCCUAAUUCGCAGUUCAAUCCUCCAACUGGACCGAGAGCAUGGAGACAACAGCAUGGGGGGCAUUGCCCAUUUUGA